AUGGAUUUGGAGAAUUGUGUUUCCAAUCUCAACCUUGCACAUGAGAUAGUGAUAAACAGAGACUUCGUCUUCAGACAGACCAGCCCACCCAAAGACCGGCUAUGCUGUCCCUGCUCCUGCCAGGCCAUGUGCGGUCUGAGGGCUCAAGUGGAGGAGGUUCUGGACCUGGAUCUGAUCCAGCAGCAGGCAGAUCAUGGGGCCCUGGUCCUGCAAAGACUGUCAGGCUACAUCAUCAAUACCAUGGCCUCCCUGUGUGCCCCUAAAUGAGACCCAGAGAUCAACUUAUCGGACACAGUGGAGCUCCUCAGUGCGAUCUUCCGAGUCCUUGGCCUGAUGAAGACAAACAUGGUCAACUUUACUGUUCAGAGCCUCAGGCCUCAUCUCAUGCAGCAAGCUGUCCAGUAUGAGCAAGCCACGUUCCACGAGAAUCUGUUGAAGCAGCCAGUUAUAGUAGCUCAUGUUGAAAUUUCUCCUCUCCCUCCACAAACUGUUCUGAUGGACAGAGCCCGCUUGGAGGCGCUGGAACAGAGACUGAGCCCACUAGUUCUUGAGGCAUCAGUUCUGCUGUUGACCAGCACACAGCAUGGGGACGCUGUUUUUUCUUCGUAG